AUGGCUUGCAUGUGGCUCAAGCAAGCUUGCAGUGGUGGCGGCUGUGGGAAGAAGCUUCCAGCCGAUGUGCCACGAGGACACCUAGCCGUAACAGUUGGGGAAGCAAACCGGAGGUUCGUGAUAAGGGCAGAUUAUUUGAACCAUCCAGUACUACAACAAUUGCUAGAUCAAUAUGAAGGGCAUGGAUUCAACAAGAGUGGUCCUCUGUCUAUACCUUGUGAUGAGUUCCUCUUUGAGGACAUAAUUCAGUCCCUUAGAGGCGGUGGCACCGCAGCUGAAUCACGUAGACCCUCUUGUCCCCAUGUGCCAAUGAAGGAGUCUACACCACUACUUCAUAGCUUUGAUAGCAAAAGGAGAAGUAGGAGCUAA